AUGACACUACAUGAUGAGAGCUCUCAGGAACCAGAGCAGCUUCCUCGGGAGAACUGGGCCUUUCUCCCCAGCCUCCCUCUGUUCUCAGGGCCGACCGUUCCAAACGUUGGGCGCCAGUUUUUCAUUCAUUCCCCCUCUACCAUCCUCAAACUGGGCACCGACGAUGGCGAAGGCAAGAUGUCCGCGCUCGCCCAUUCCAUCCUGGGCCCCUGUGUCCCACGCAUCAUUUCCGUCGUCACGCUUCCGAGAAUAAGCUCCGACGCCUUGACGCCCAACCACACCCAACAGGGCCUCCGCCAGACCAUCAAGGCGGAGCUCUGCCGUCUCCUCGUGCGUAUACGUACGCACCACUUCUCUUACUACGGCCGGCCCACGCGGCAGCCGUACCUCCUCUUCUCCGAAUUCGGCACAGAGACGUAUGCCUCUGCCCUGGACGCGGAACGUGCAGUCGCCCUUGAGCGAGUACAGCGUGGCACAACCGGCGCAGGUGAUUGGGACCGUCCUGUCCUCUCGCAUGGGGACUUGUCUGACCGGAACAUCCUCGUAGACCCCUACACGCUCGCGGUGACGGGUUUCCUGGACUGGGAGAUGGCCAACAUCAUGCCCGCGUACUUUGAGUACGUCGCGGCACGGCUGUGUGGGGGCCAUCAACCUGAGUGGAGGAGGGAACUGUUAGAUGUGCUGAGGUCUGUUCUGCGCUGCGAGUGCGAUGCUGGGCGCCAGGAAGACCUGGAUGCUGUCAAUGUCGAUGAUGGAGAGGAAAGAUACAGGAGGACGUUGGCGGCGUGGGAUGCUGUCGUCGACGUUGAGAGAAUCGCGCAGGGAUACGACAAUGACUGCGAAUGGACGUUUGAAACUGGCCUACCAGAUGUUUCGCAAAAGACUGGUUCUGCCUUAUAG